CCGCACUGCCCACACCGGGCUAACAGGAAAGGCAAUCUCAAGACCCACAUCAGAGCGCUUCACCCAGAUAGUGUCAUGUGAAGAUCAGAUACUGUUGAUUUUGUGUAGAAGAAAAAAACAAAAAACAAAUGAGAGGGGCGGUGGGUGGCGCCGUCAGUGAGGGUCUCUUUGUUCAGUGUCCAGCUUGUGGGAAAAAGUGCUAUGGUCGCAAUCGUAAGCAGAACAUGGUUCACCACAUGGCCACACACAGCCGGGAUCGCCCUGUCACCUGUCCACACUGCCCCUACCGAGCUGCCUCAGAGUCUCAGCUUUACAGACAUAUCACCAUGUUACAUCUCAACUCAAGUAGAAUUCUUGAUGCAAACACAAAAGACAGCUAGACACUGUGUUUGGGUUAUGGGAAAAGGAAAGUGGGCAGCAGGAGAGUUGCUGACUGGGGUGAGGGUCGGCCCCCAAGGGCACUUGGGCCAGGGUGACUCGCAUAAGUCCUUUGAGGUUGCAGGGCCAACUCCUAUUGUUGGACUCUUGUGCCCAGUGUGUGGCAAGCGGUUCCAGGGUCGCAAUCGACGUCAGAACCUAGAACACCACCUUGUCACACACACUGGUGAGCGGCGCUAUCCCUGUCCACUGUGUCCCCAUCGGGCAGCCCACAAGUGGCACCUCAAGACUCACCUCCUGCGUCGCCAUGCACAACAUCCAGCUUUAGCCCAAGAGGCUAAUCAGAAUUCUCAGCUUGCAGACAUCCAUGGUGGCUCUGAUGAAGUCAUAAACCAACCAGCUCAAGUCUAAACUUGUAUGUAUGUAGGGAAUGUAUGUGGAUUUAAAUCUCCUUUAUUGCCAAGCUAAGGAAUGGACAGACUCCUAGUGAAAGAUGCAUGUUGUUAUGUUGCAGGAGUGGCGAGGCCCCCCGCUAACGUGUGAAGUGUGUGGCAAAAAUUUUACUGGGCGCAACCGAAGACAAAACCUACAGCAGCAUCAGAUGAUCCACACUGGGAUCAAGCCUUUCUCUUGUCCUUACUGUUCUCACAGUAGUAA